AUGAAUUCAGAUGACAUAGGCGAAUUGCUGACUUGUCGAAGCAUCCGUGGCCUCACUAUCUACGUUCUCUCAUACAACGCUAAAGACUGGAGCAACAGGUUGACCAUUGCGGACGGCAGCGAACCAGCAGAUGAGUAUUACGGAACCUUGGACGCCUAUCUAUCGCUGUCAAAGGCUCAGGACGCAGCAAUUGAUUGGGCGCUCGAGCAAUUUCGGGAUCGUCUUGAAAGAUACGAUCCACCUCUCGCAACCAAAGAGGACAGAGAUGCGGCGUCUGAGGACUGGCGGAAAUUGGAGUCCGAGCAGGGCGAUGUUUGGUCGUACACAAUCAGCAAGGAUGAUGUGACAUUGAUCGUGAGGGCUGAGAGAUAUGUUGCAUAUGGUUCUCAUAUUCCUAGAUUUGAUGAUGACGGAGGGAGGAGAACAUUAGCAAGAUGA